UCUGUCUCACAGUCUUUGUCCCACUCUUUAACCUCACUUGACAGUACACCAUUUCUGUCUUUACGAAUCCCCCAAAUGGAUUCGGCCUGAUUGAUUGUGAAAAGUUUGGGGAGCUCAAACAUGGCUGGAAAUGUACUGGGAACGACAUUCUUUCUUCUCCUUGCCUCCGUUAUUCAAGGGUUCCUGGAUACUAAGUUCUCCAACUAUGAAACAAUGGAAGCUGAAGAGGGCCAGAACGUUACCUUGCCCUGCAGUUUAGGAACCGGUACUGAUAUCAAGAUUGUCAGUAUUGACUGGAGUAAGAAAGAAAAUGGAAAAACACAACUGGUUGUGUGGGCCCUCGGUCAUGGAGCCCACUUAUUUUGGCCAAAUGUCUCAAUACAGCUUCAAAAAACUGAAACAGACAUGGUGAUUGGCUCCUACCUACACAUUCCCGAUGUGAAGAAACAGGACAGUGGCAUGUACACCUGUGACAUUAAACAAUUUCCUUCUGGCUCAAUCAUAGUUGCAACUCAGCUAAUAAUCAAAGCAGAUGAAAGUAAGAUAAAAUGUGAUGUGAAUGGCACCGUUGAGGUCCGCAGUGGAGACAAUGUGUCAGUUCGCUGCAGAGCGUCCCCUAAUGCACAGUACAGGUGGACCAAGGGCGAGGAGGUGGUGUCAGAGAAUGCAUCUCUGGAGCUUCAGCGAGUUACUGACGCCCAUGCAGGGGUUUACACACUGACUGUGAACACGGGAAACGAAUAUCUGCAUAAAGAGUUCAUCAUCAUGGUGCUAACCACAACCACAAGUUUAAGAACAGAUCUCAUGACAGCAUCACCACAGGGUACGACUGAAUCAGUAAACAGCAGCCGAAGCACAUCACAGACCACAAAGCUUCCAACCCUUACAGACCGGACCAAAAAUCAUCGCGACGAUCGUCAAAACACCAGCGAAGUCACUACUUCCUCUGCCACACAACCUGACACCUAUCACAUACUCAAGUCUACCGCAUCCAGUUUUCCGAGUACAAGGCCCACAAAGCAAAUGACCAUUUACGAGAUGAGGAAUGAGUCCAAGCGAAAUACACCGCGCCCAAGCGGCAUCUUCUCAACCAUGCCAUCGAGGUCAAGCACAGUGAAAAACAGUCCAGAAAUUCCAGAUGCAAGCCCAACACAGACAAUAGAAGUCACAAUAGUGGACAUGGAGGACAAAGGAGAAGCCAUACGGAGUCAUGUGUUGCUGCUGCUAACAAUCAUUCCAAUGAUUGUAUUGAUUUUAAUCCUUGGCAUUCUGUAUAGGAGACAACUUAUAAAGAAGAGAAUGGAUGAGCCGCCACCCUUCAAACCCCCUCCACCUCCAGUCAAGUAUACAGCUGCAAGACAGACCGACGUUUCAACACUGUCUUUUCCCACUUCAAGGUGUAACUCGAUAGCAUACGCUUAAGAUGUAUUUGUCACGUGACAGUAAAUGUGCAGAAAUGAGGUGUAAGCUGGAUUCCGUACUUGUCAUAUACAUGCAUUAUAUUUAUGUGUACAGUUUAAAUUGCCCACCGGUCACAGAAAAUGGUGGGCAAUGUUAUCUAAAUGUUAUCUAUGUGGUUAAAUAAGGCGGGGUUUUUAUUGUAUAUGGGAAAUUUGUAUCUUUUGCCCUUUUAAACUAUAUUUGUUUUAUGUUUUGUACUAAAGGCAACUGUGUUUAACUGCUUAAAAAUAAAAAAGUUUUAUUCGACUGAAA